AUGCCGGAAAGACGCCCAGGCAGGCAGAACACGUCGACAACGCAACGUCGCCAGAUCGUGUACAACCGCUCCAUCACUUCUUGCCGGAGACACGCGGGAUGGGAAGAUGCACUGGCGAUUCUCAAUGGAAUGCCAUCUGCAUCGCUGCAAGCGGAUCUCGUUGGCUACAGUUCGACAAUGAGCGUCUGCGAUGCAGCCUCGCAGUGGCAGCGCGCCACAUCACUGCUUGAGGCGACGACUUCAACGAUCGGGUGCCCAGAUGUGAUCAUGUACGGUGCGGGCAUGAACGCCUGUCGAAAGGGCCAGCAAUGGCAACAAGCCAUUCGCCUGCUCAAGGAGUUGCGUGACAGCUUGCGGGUGGAUGUGGUCACCUGGAACACCGCCAUGUGUGGUCCAUCGUCAGGUGGGUGGCAGAAUGCGACGCAUCUGCUUGGAGCGGGCGUCUUGUGGUCACUGCAGCCCAGCAUGGUUAGCUAUAAUGUGGCCAUGCGCGGAGGUGUAGGCUGGAAGGUUGCCAACCAAUUGCUGCUGGCUGCCGUCAACAACAAGCUGCGAGCCACAGUCACGACCUGUGGAACCAUCCUUGCCAGCGAUCAGAUACCGUGGGUUAUGGAGCUUGUUCUUUUGUCCGACAUGCAGUGCCUGCACCUUCAGCUGAACAUCAUUUCUUGCAGCUCGGCGCUCAGUGCCUGUGAGAAAGCUGCAGAGUGGGCAACCAGCUUGUGGCUCCUGGCAUCUGCGAAAGCGCACAGCUUGCAGCCGAACGAGUUUGCAUUGAGUGCUGCCACCAGCGGAUGCGAGCAGACUGCGGAGUGGCAAAUGGCAUCGCAUUUGCUGUGCGUCGACAUGGGGCCGCGACAGAGCAUCCUCAGCUGGAAUUCCUGUGCAAGCGCUGCCGCUGCAGGUCUUGCUUGGUGCCACGUGGGGACAUUGUUGCGAGCACUGCCAGCCCGGAGUUUGGAGGCUGAUCUCCUGACCAUGAGUGCAGCGGUUAGUGCGAUGGUGGGCAAGAGGCGCUGGGCAUUAGCGCUGCUCUGCCUGUGCAAGCAUGCUGAACUUGACACGGAGUCAGACGUCAUCAUCUACAGCACCGGCAUGACAGCCUGCCAGGAGUGUCAGGAAUGGCACUGGGCUCUGCAGCUCCUGAAGACGGCCUCGCUGAACGAUUUGCUUGCCAACGAUGUUGCCUUCAACGCUGUCGUAGCAGCAUGUGAGCAAGCCGAGCAGAGCAGAGGCCAGCGCAUGGAAAAGGUGGUACUGCAUGCCAUCGGCUGCAGCGUCGUGAAGAGGCGUGAAGAAUGA